UCUCUUAUUACUCUCUCUAUUCUGCAAUUGAAAUGGUUUCAGAAGCAGAGACAGAGCAUCCCAUCAAAGCAUUUGGAUGGGCAGCAAGGGACACUUCUGGCAUUCUCUCCCCUUUCAAUUUCUCCAGAAGGGCAACAGGAGAGAAAGAUGUUGCAAUUAAAGUAAUGUACUGUGGAAUAUGUCACUCAGACUUACAUAUGUUAAAGAAUGAGUGGAACUGUUCAAUCUAUCCUAUUGUUCCUGGACACGAGAUUGCUGGUGUGGUGACAGAGGUGGGAAGCAAGGUGCAAAAGUUCAAAGUUGGAGACAGAGUUGGUGUGGGGUGCAUGGUUGGAUCCUGUAGCUCCUGUCAGAACUGUAGUGAAGAUCAUGAGAAUUACUGCCCCAAAAUGAUUCUCACAUACAGUGCCAAGUAUGUUGAUGGCACCAUAACAUACGGAGGCUACUCCGAUUCAAUGGUUUCAGAUGAACACUUUGUGGUUCGUAUUCCAGAUAACAUACCUCUUGAUGUUGCUGCUCCUCUUCUUUGUGCUGGAAUCACAGUGUAUAGCCCUCUCAAAUAUUAUGAACUUGAUAAGCCUGGACUUCAUAUUGGUGUGGUUGGUCUUGGUGGACUUGGUCACAUGGCCGUCAAGUUUGCCAAAGCUCUUGGACUUAAGGUCACAGUAAUUAGUACCUCUCCCAACAAAAAGAAGGAAGCCAUCGAACACAUGGGAGCUGAUGCAUUUGUUGUUAGCCGUGAACAAGAUGAGAUGAUGGCUGUAAUGGGAACCUUUGAUGGAAUCAUUGACACAGUUUCUGCAAACCAUUCUCUCGUGCCUUUGAUUGGCCUGUUGAAGACUCAUGGUAAAUUAAUCAUGGUUGGUGCUCCAGAGAAACCUCUUGAGGUUCCAGCAUUUUCCUUACUUACGGGGAGGAAGCUGGUUGGUGGCAGUGCAAUUGGAGGGAUGAAAGAGACGCAAGAAAUGAUAGAUUUUGCUGCGAAGCAUGAUGUGAAACCUGAUAUCGAAGUUAUUGAAAUGGAUUAUGUGAACACUGCGAUGGAACGCCUCCUUAAAGCAGAUGUGAAGUAUCGAUUUGUUAUUGAUAUUGGAAAAACGUUGAAGCCAAGUUCCUGAAUAAAGAAUAUGCAUGAGUGUUUUAGAUUUC